AUGGCUGUAGCUGAUCUAUUCCCCCAGAAGGGGUGGAAGGAAUGGAAGAGAGAGCUGGAGGAGGACAGGAGAAAGAGACGGAAGGAGAGGAUGAGAAGGUGGGCUCAGAUGGAGGUCAAGGAACAACCACAUGCAAGAGUGAGUGAAGCAGAGGUUGAGGAACAUGGUGAGAUAGAGGAGGAAGAAGAUGUGAUGGAAAAGAAGGAGAAGCUCAAUGAAGGUGGAAAUGAGUUAGAGGAGAAGGUUAGUGAGAAUGAGAUGGGAGAGAAGGAGGUGAAGAUGGUACAGGAAGAAAGCUGUGAAGAUGACAACCCAUCAGAUAGGUUAGAAUCUGAUGAUGAGUCCGAUGUGUCAAGAUUGGAGGAUGAAGUACAAAAAUAUGCAGAUGGAUGUCAAAAUGUUGACAGAGCUGAAGCUCAAGAUGAUGCUGAGCAACAACACGAGGACUCUGGGGAACUGGAAUCUGCAGAGGGAAAAACCUGGAGUAAUGAUGAUGUGGGACCUCAAACUUCUCCAGAUGAAAGCAAAGAAAGUAGGGAUCAAAGAAAGACAGACGAUUGGAAGCAACCAGAUGUUGGAGAAAUUUGUACAGGAAGAAAUGUAGAGCUUCCAGAUAGUCAGGAAAAACUCAGCGAGGAAGAGUCUAAAGAAGGUGAGGAAACAGAAAGUUCAGGGGAUGAAGACGGUGAAGAAGAUGAUGUGGUAAAGGUUUACCAUAAAGGUGAUUAUUCCACAGACAUAUUCUCCACCCUGAAGGAGUUCAAGGACUCCUCCAUUCUCAUUGAUCUCACGCUUAGCACCAGUGAUGGGAAGAGCUUCCAUGUCCACUCCUCUGUCCUGGCUGCGGUCAGCUCCCUCAUCCGAAAACAUCUGACUGAUAAUGUGAGAGACAACCUCAGUGACAGCAAAGAUUGUGAUAUCAGUCAUUUCUCUGUGUCUCUGGGUCCAGAGGUGGAUCAUGUAGGACUGGAGGCCGUGGUUGCGUUUUCCUACACUGGAGCUUUAUCAUCUCUGAACAAAGAGACAGUUUACAAUAUAAAGGCAGCGGCUCAAACGCUGGGCAUCCCCAGAGUGCUGGAUCUCUGCAGUGAGGAAGUGGAGAAGUCAGAUCAAAAGAAAGAGGACAAACUGUCUUCAGCAGAGCAAAGGGCGAUCAGUCUUCAGUCCAUCAAAGAGCUCUGGGUGCACAGAGUGGGCUGUGAUGUCAUUCUGGAUGCCAAUGGAGUAUCAAUUCAUGUACACAGGGUCAUCCUCGUGGCCAGCAGCGACUACUUCCGCAGCAUGUUCACUCUGGGGAUGAAGGAAGCGCGCCAGCGAUGUGUAACCCUCCCCUUCCUGUUAGCGUCUGAGCUGGAAGUUCUGAUUGGUUGCUCCUACAGUGGGAUCCUGCCCCUCAGCUGGCAGUAUGUCUUUGAGCUAACCAUGACCUCCGUCCACCUCCAGUGCCAGCCUGCCCUUUCUUUGUGCCUCAGAUUCUUGCAACAAGAAAUAAACCCCGACUCUUGCCUGGACGUUGCAUCUUUUGCGGAGGCGUAUCAGAUCUCUGACCUUGUUGAAGUUGCUCAUGAUUUUGUCUUGCGGCAAUUCCAGAAGGUGGCAUCCACCUCAAAGUUCAAAGAUCUACCAGCAAAGCAGCUGUUGAAGUACCUGAACAGUUGUUCACUGUGUGUUCCAUCAGAGCUUGUUGUCUUCAGGGCAGUGGUGGCUUGGAUCCAAGCGAAGCCCAAGAAAAGACUGAAGCUUGCUAAAGAAAUGAUGGAAACAAUCCACUUUCCCUUGAUGACAUGCAAAGAGUUUAAAGAGGUCCAAUCUCUGAGCAUGUGGUCUGAUCACAGCCUGGCAGAAUUCUAUAACACCAUUUUUGAAGACUUUUGCUCCAGUGAGAUGACAACACAAAGUCCAUGCCGCGUCUAUCUCCCAAAAGAGAGCAUCAUCUUGGUUGGAGGCGAUCAGAUUUCUGAUGACUUGAAGACACGCAGAAUCAGCAGAGACAUGUGGUUUGGGAAUUCCCUGAAGAACCACACAGGGAUAAUAAAGGCCAUGGAGUGGAGGAGGCUGGGAGAGAUACCAGAGCCGGCGAGGUUUAGCCAUGAGGUAGCAGUACUCGAUGGACAACUGUACUUGUUUGGAGGAAAAAAGUACUAUGGCACUGAUGACACUCUAAAUUCUGUUUACAGGUACAAUCCUCUUCAAAACAGCUGGAACAGGCUCGCUGAUAUGCAGGAGAAGAGAUGCCUUUUCUCUGUGGUUGUGCUCGAUAGAGAGUUAUACACUAUUGGAGGAUGGUGUGACCCCAACCACAUGGAAAGUGUAGAACAAUACUGUCCCACCGUCAACUCUUGGAGGUACACCCGGCCCUUGGAUCACCCUCUUAGUGGCCAUGUAGGAAAGGUUUUACAAGGCCAGAUCUUCAUCUCAGGAGGGAGGAACAUCAACUCCCAAUGUCUUGCAUCCAUGUUUGUCUACCACCCAGAAAGAGGAAGCACUUACCUUGCAAACAUGAGGAAUCCCCGGGCACACCACUGCAUGGAGGCUCUGGGUGACCGCCUUUAUGUCGCUGGUGGACUAACAACAGAUGAUAACAUGUCUGUCAGGGACCUGCAAGCUUGUGAGGUUUACAGCUCAAUCUGUGACUCCUGGACUACCAUCAUGCCUCUACCAGUGCCUCAUGUCGGAGCAGGAGGUGCCAUUUUGGAAGAAAAGUUUUAUGUGCUUGGUGGGUACAGCCAGGAGGACUACAGUGACACAAAGAUAGUCCAUCGUUAUGAUCCCGCCACACAGCGGUGGGAGAAUAUGGGCAACAUGCCUGACACCAACAAUGACAUACGAGCGUGUGUGUUGUGUUUACCGCCACAUUUUCGAAUUUAAGAUGGAUAUGUUGGCACCUAUUAUCGCUUGAUAGCAGGAUUGAGUUGCGCCGAAUUUGACAUUAGUAGUAUGCGUAAGUGCCAGUUGUAAUGUUUACCAAAUAGGGUUCCUCUGGAGAUGAUGUUAAAAUGAUUAUCAACCUCACUGUAACUGAACAUCUCUGUAAUAAAUAUGACCUCAGUAGCAGAAUACAUGCAUUGCAUUUUAACAUCGACAUGGUGAGGACCUACAAAAAAAAAAAAAAAAAA